AUGUACCGGAGCAAUGGUAGCGAUUUGGCGAAGACGGUUUUCCAGACGGCCCUGAUAUCGUACCAAGAAAGCGUCAACUCGGCGCGCUUAUAUAACCAAGAUACAGCCUUCGACUUGCAAGUGCAACACGCGGAGAAGUCGUCAAGGUAUUUCUUUAGACCGCUGGAUGGAUCGUUACAUCGAGUCAGCAUCGAAAAAGUCAAGCUUGCAGAAGGCUCGCUUUCAAGGAUUCCGGCGGGCAUCGCCACCGUGUUCCGUCAACACUGGGGAGGUAUUAUGGGUGACGUUGAUCAGCUCGGCCAAACAAUUUACGAUCCAGACCAACAACAUAUCGAGGUGCUUCUACGUACCAUCGAUCGUCGCCUGACUGAUGAUGAACAAGACUAG